UAAUCUCACCUUUCCAAGCGGAAUGUCGGCUUCAAAGCGAGCAUCAUUCUCAUCGUCGUCGCCUGCCGCUCUCUCGUUCUUCCCCUCUUCCUCUUUUCCCAAUCUCCGUUCCUUCCACUCCCCACAAACGCACUCGUCUCCUCUCCCUCCUUCCGCAAUGGCGGCUUUGGACCGCAAGUUCAUCUCCCUCCUCCUACUCCUCCUGACCUCGUUGGUCGCCGCCGCCGAGGAGGCGGGGCUCGGUCUCGACGCCGGAGACCGGGACGCCCUCCUCCGCUUCCGAUCGCAGCUCAACGACCCGCGGCUGAGACUGGCGAGCUGGAACGGGUCCAAUUGCACCACCUGGGCCGGUAUCUCCUGCGAGAACCGGACCGGCCGGGUCUUCCGAAUCAACCUCGGCGAUUCGGGCCUCUCUGGCGCCGCGCUUGAGCUCCUCUGCAACCUCUCCCUCCUCGAAACCCUAGUCCUUUCCGGCAAUGACUUUUCCGGCCCCAUUCCGCGUUGCUUUGGUCGCCUCCAGGCUCUCAGAACCCUCGACCUCGGCCGGAACAAGCUCCAAGGAUCGCUUCCGCCAGAGAUGGCCGGGCUCUGGCAACUUGAGGAGCUCGUGCUGUCUGGGAACCCUGGUGUUGGGGGUUUGUUUCCGGAAUGGAUUGGCACCUUCUCUUACAGGUUGAAAAGACUCGAUCUUGGAUCGACUUCACUCCAGGGAGAGAUUCCGGAGGGUUUGUUCCAUCUCUCGUCGCUGAAAUUUCUUGAUCUUUCCGGCAACCGCUUGGUGGGCGAGUUGAAAGAUUUCGAGCAGCCUUUAGUUCAUCUCAACCUCUCCCAGAAUCAGCUUUCGGGGACCCUCCCGUGCUUCUCAGCAUCGACAGGCUCCCUCACGGCACUCAAUCUUGCGAGUAACGCCCUCGUCGGCGGAAUCCCCACUUGUAUUUCGUCGCUGAGGGCAUUGUUGGAGCUGAAUCUCUCUUCGAAUGGUCUACAAUACAGGAUAUCGCCCAGGCUCAUCUUCUCCGAUAAGCUCCAGGUUCUUGAUUUGAGCUCAAAUGAGCUAUCUGGUCCGAUUCCAGGCAGCCUAGUCGAGGAACCAGAGAGAGCUGAAUUGUUGCUUCUAAAUCUUUCGAGGAAUCAGCUCUCGGGCGAGAUUCCAGCAGAGAUGACGGAACUAAGGAGCUUGCAAGGACUUUUCUUGUCGCAGAAUCAGCUUACUGGAGAGAUCCCAGUUGCAAUUGGGAACCUGACCUAUCUCCAGUCUCUUGAUCUUUCUUACAAUUUCCUCUGUGGUCCAAUUCCUGUCAGCCUCGCGGGUUGUUUUCAGCUUUGGCAGCUCAAGUUGGAUCAUAACAACCUUUCUGGUGCCCUCCACCCAGAGCUUGAUGCCCUGGACAGCCUCCGUAUCCUGGACUUAGCUGGGAACCGGAUUUCUGGUGAGAUUCCUCUUCCUUUGGCAGGUUGCAAAUCGCUCGAGGUUGUCGACCUCAGUUCUAAUGACCUUGGGGGCGAGCUUAGUGGAGCCAUUCUCAAGUGGCAGAAUCUCCGGUUCCUCUCGCUAGCUCGCAACCAUUUAUCGGGUGACCUCCCAAACUGGAUGUUCUCGUUUCAGUUCCUACGGUCACUCAAUCUCUCUGAUAAUCACUUCUCAGGAUAUAUUCCAGACGGAGACUUCAUUGUCAGUGAUGAGUUCAAUGGCAAUUCUAAUGAGCCUUAUGAUGGCUUCAGCAUGGUCCUGGUUCCAGUCUCAGUGAACUUUGCUGGUAGUCGGCAACUGGAAUUCAAUUACAAGCUACACUCACAAGUGGGAAUUGAUUUGUCCAAUAAUGCUCUUCGAGGAGAGAUACCUGAGGGAUUGAUUGGGUUAAAGGGUUUGGAGUACCUGAAUCUUUCAUACAAUGACCUUGCUGGCCGCAUCCCCGGAAAUCUUGAGAAGAUGGGGAAGCUUAAAAGGCUAGAUCUUUCACACAAUUCACUCUCCGGAGAGGUCCCAGCAAGCAUCUCUGUGCUCAGGGAGCUGGAGGCACUAAACCUCUCCUACAAUUGCCUGUCAGGGCCUGUGCCAACAAGGGAGGGGCUCCAAAGGUUUCCAGGUGCAUUUGCUGGAAAUCCGGCACUCUGUAUGGAGUUUUCAGGGAAGGGAUGUGAUACAGAAGCAAACUUGCCUGCAGGGAAGGCGAUAGGUGCAAGUGGUGGCAGAGAUGAUGGUUGGAUGUCAGUGGGGGCAUUUUGGAUCAGUGCCGUAGCCAGUUUUUAUGCAUCAGUGGUCGCACUACUUUGCUCACCAAUGUCAAGGGAAUAUAUUUUUCAGGCAUUCAAGCCUGAGUUCUGAGUAGAGACUGGGAAGGAACCAAAACUGAUUGUAGAUGAAAGAUUCAGGUCAACCCAUGAUGCUAUUGUGAUGCACUUGGAGAAAGCACAUCGGAAAAGUUGGAACCAUAAUUUGGAUGGACUUAAAUGUGCACUGUAUGUAUGCUGCACCAUUUAUCUGUUAUCUUAUUGGUUUUGUUUCCUGUUUUAUGAUCAUUAUGACCAUCUCAUGCUCAUGCAAAUUUAACAUAACCUGCCAUGGACUUUUGUAUGGUAAUGUCGCAGCAAGUAUUGUUCUCAUGAUUCUGCUGUAGCUCUCUCAAAACAUUGGCAAUAAUUUUCUAUUUCUCCAUUAUAAUUUCAUUGAUAGGAAUGUGAUGGUUCCAAUCUUUGCAGAUAGCAACCCUUAUUUGAGCAAUCUGUUUUCGGUUUUGUUAUUGGUAUUUCCAUGUAAGAAGUGGGAACUCUAAUUGGUGGAGCAUUUACAUGGCAUAUUUCCAAAUGGAUAACCAAGCUUUUGUUACUGCCUUCACGCUCUGGAGGAUGUGGUUUAGUUGGUACUUGGUAAUCCUUGAAACAAAAUGGCAUUGGAAAGACAUGGAUGUUGGUAUCCAUAUUCAGUGAUUUUGAACCAGAAGGAAUGAUAGCAACUAUUGAGCAGACUUUUUUUAGCAAUAAUUUCUCCAAACAUCAUUUCUAAUAUAACCAAUAUUACAUAAUGCAUGAGAUAAGACAGACAGAACAUUGUUAACUGUGACAACAUGAGGAGGAUAUCAUUGAGACUACUGACCUGCUACUGAAGACUUUCUUAUGAAAAUUAGCAGUGGAAGCAUGGUUAUCAAGGCCAUUUCCUAUUCUCUACAUUUUUGACUUGCUAUCAAGUGGAAAGCCAGCAUAUUUCUUGACUGCUUGAUGAUGAUGCUAGUCUUUUUCCUACUCCAUGCAGCUACCUUACUACCAUUUUCCACGUAUUUUACAACAAUUUAAUUAUGGUUCUAUGUAUGGGAUACAAAUGAUUAAUUCAACAGCUGUUCUAUUUCUUGACAUUAAAAACGUAUUUAUCACUUUCUCUCAAACACAUUUUUUGUUGGUUGCUUGGUUAAUGGUUAGACAUCAGCAUUAUACAUACUGAUUAUCAGUUUUUUCCCUCUGAUUCUAUAUUGUUCUUAUUUAUGGUUAAUUCAAUAUCACAAUGAAAGGUUUCAUUCAAAGUUCUUUUGCUACCGUUUUAAAGUUAGUUUUACAUAUUUUCUGAAUAAAGAUUGCCCAGAUGAGCAAAAAUCUGUGGAGUGUGGGGUAUAAUUUAUUUGCUGUUGGCUUGUAGAAUUGCACGAGUUAAGUGCAAGCUGUUGGGGAGAGGUGAUGAAAUAUUUCAUACUUCUGGACAGGAAUAAUAAUCUUGAAUGGUGAUAUAGAUGACUGUAAGCCUGGCAAGGAAUUUGAAAUGUUGUGCAAAUAUUUUUUCUCUUUUGAUAUCAAGAGAAGCUUUAAAGCACGAUUUGAAAUACUGAUCUGGCAAUUGUUUUGGUGAUGAUCCGCAAGAAUUGUAUUUGGAAAAAAUUGGAAAGGUAACUUGAUAGUUUGCACAGAUAAAUCAUGUUUGCAUCUCUCCCUUUACAGCAUGUUUCUAAAUUGUUUAUAUCAAUCAUGUUUUUUCUGUCUUCUUUCUUAUCACACAUUGUGGUUUAACUUUACAUAUUACCUUGAGAUUUACUGGAUUUAGGAUAUCAAAUGUUUUGAUAUGCUUCAUUGAUAGAAUGCUUUUGUAGCUCACUAAUUUCACAACUCAGGAUGUUUCUUUUGCUUCCUGUAACAUGGCAAAUAAUCUCAUUGAAGUAUUGUAUUGCAAUUAUUUCUCAAUCUAUCUCAUGGUUCCAAAAUGUCACAGAUUCUAUUUUACAAUGGCCUUUGGAUGUUCUUCCCCGGAUGCUAAGUUCCGACAAACAUGCCACCUAGAGAGGAAGAGAACCUGAGGCUCAAGGUUGCGUCCGAAUCUGUUAAUAGUAAGGGAAGAUCUUAUGAGGCCAUGAAAAAGGUGUCGAGGAACAUAUUCCAUUACGCAAAUUUCCUAGUCUUCUUGGACCAGUUUCUCUCAGUCAUGGCUGUCGACGAAUGAACUGAUGGCAGCGGCUUCUUGUUGACGCCGACUACUUCAAGAGAGAGUUAGAGAUGACUUAAAACUGUUCAUAACAACACACUGUGCUCAAGGUUUGGCGGCCGCUCUUUUUGGAGUCGGAGGCGGUGCGGUGAUCUUAAGUAGAAAGGCCAUCAUGCUUCACGGUGGUGCGCUGCCCUCGUCGAUGUCCUGCGAGAGGUGGUGGUCGACGGCGUUUUGGAUGCCGGAAGACAAUCCACUCCGUUCGGAUCGGAUCCAAUCAUCCGUUUCGGAUCGGAUCCACUAUUAGGCGGCCCUAAGAAACCCUCCUCAAUUCCCGGUCAGCGCGGCGGCAAAAUAUACUCGUUAGUGAUAAUUUACAAAUAUACCCUCCAAUAUUAGUUUCUCUAAUUUUGAGUUCAUCAUAUAUACUCAACAAGCUUGCUUGUAUUCCUCUAAGAUUAUUUCAGAUUUAUCGUUGCUAAAUUGAUAAUGUCUAUAUUUACAUUUACACCUCUAAAUUUAAAUUUAGAAACAAAGCAUUUUAAAAUAUUUAAAGAUAGAUUAAUUUCAAUAAUAGAUAUGUAAAACCCGCGACGAUAUUUAUGCUUCUCAUGCUCUGCUAAUCGUCGGUUCCGUUUCCCCGAUCCGUUCAAGAAGCACGGCAUCGUCGCUCAUGGCUUCGAGCUCCGCGAUCUUCGGCGCAAAGGCGCGAUCUCGUUAGCCAAAGCCCAUCUCAUACUAGAGGGAAGUGUCUGAUCGACCUCUUUUCUUUAGCUGAAGGAUUCUGGCUUCACGUCAUGCUUCUCGCCUUCGAUGAGAGCGCGUCGUUGCUGGAAGCACGCCUUGAACAAAGUGCUUGCAGUUGCGGCGCCUGUCCGAUCUCCCUGCUCGCCAUCGAUCACUGGCUCAGUCAAGCAAGCAAUGACGAUGACGGAGAAGAUCCUUGCGCGGGCAUCAGAGAAGACGCAUCUGGAACCUGGAGAGAAUGUUUGGGUGACUGUUGAUGUCUUGAUUACUCAGAAGACGCAUCUGGAACCUGGAGAGAAUGUUUGGGUGAAUGUUGAUGUCUUGAUGACUCAUGAUGUCUGUGGCCCUGGGGAUGUUUGGAAUCUUUAAGAAAGAAUUUGGUCAGAACGCAAAGGUAGCUUUUAGUUCAAAACGACAAAGUUGGCUAUUCAUUUCA